AUGAGUGAAGUUGAAUCAAGACAGGCAUCAAGAUGGGGGCUCUGGUGGUCACGAAGUGAACCAAUUGAGGAGGAGGAAGAGGUUGCUCCCGAGUCUGAUGAUAGUUAUGGUGAAGAUGAGGUUGACAAUAUCGGUUCUGAUGCUACUUGGUACCAAACUAUUUGGAAUAAGGUUCCUGGGUUCCCUUUUAGAGCUAAUAAUUUAAUGCUUAUAGAUGAGAACAUACGAUAUUCUGAUUUGACUGAGGAGCAGUUACAGUUUCUGAAGGAUGAAUCGAUGCAAGUGAUUAUGAGGAAUUGUGGGAGUUGGUGCUGGGUUGAAAAUUUAUCUGACAUUAAGAUUGAAGAUACUGACUGGAUAAAACGGAAAGGGACAGUGUCAGUUUAUGGUACAGGUUCAGUGAAGUAUCCAUUGAUCUUUGAAAAUUUUCCAGUUGAAUCCGAACACGUUGGUUAUAAGAUUUUUAUUAAAAAUUCUUUGAUUUUACCCUCUGAUUCUCCAUUAGAUAUCUUCCAUACUCAGCCUUGGACUACUAAAUUUGCAAAUACAAUAAAAGAACAUUAUAAUUUUCCUAAUGAGAAGCAUUUAUAUUUGAAAAAUGCCACUGAUAGUUUACUUCGAGAGAAAAAAAUAUUAAUAGUGUCAGUGACUGGCCAUUUACCUGAAAAAUAUGAGAAAUUUUCUUUGGAGUCUCAAAGACAUGCCCAAUAUCUGUCAUUUAAAUUAGCACAGUCAUUGAAACAUGAUUCACCUUCAAAUAUUAACGCCAUAUCAUUCACAUGUCCUCUAGACCUCGAAGAAACUACAACAUGUUUCGAACAAUGCACAACGUUAUUGAAGAAUUUUGAAGACUUAUUUGUUGACAUUGAUGCUGUUUUUUUUGUUGGUGUUUAUCAUAGUGUCCCAUUGGUAAUUAAGUUAGCAUCUCAUAUUUUACAAAAUCAUAGUGCACUGGGCUUCGAUGAAGAUGUAGUAGCUGGUAUACUAGCAUUUGAAUCCAAUUUAGAAGGUUAUAGAUUUUGGGACCACAGCAGCGAUAAUAAUAGUAUGGAUACUGAACAAGAUUAUUCAAAAAUUCAACAAUCAAGAGAAAAACAGCUGUUUCAGGGAUCAUCAAGGCAACAACAAGAUAAUUUAAUUAAAAUUAGGAAUUAUAGAAAAUUGGAUUCGCUUGAGUCGUUAUCUGUUCAACAAAACUUUGAUUGGAUUUUAAAUAAUUGGAAACUCUCUAGAGUGACAUUUUUUGGUAAACUCUACGAUAAUUUUAUGACAGUAACUCAAAAAUUAGCCAUUGAUUACACCCAUCCAAAGAUAUUUAGACAUAUAUGGUGUAGUGGUAAAUACAUGGGGAUUGAUACGAAGAAACCAGAAGAGAUCGAAUUGCCUGAUAUUCAUUUGGAGAGUUUAAAAUUUGAUUCUGAGAUCAAAAUUCCAGAGAAUCGAUUAUUUGAAAUAAUUUUUCUAGGUAAUCUGCUAUUGGCAAUCAACCUUGGUCAUACAGAUUUUGCACCACUAUUAAAGUUAAUAAGUCCAUUUUUCAUUUCAAGGUCAUACAACGAAAAUACAAUGUCAUCAAACAUCAAGAAACAGAUUCAAAAUGAAUUAAGACCUUGGCUAAUGGAGAUGGAAUUAAAAUGGAAAACAACAGAAGUUCCAACAGAUGAACAACUCAACGAUCUACCGGAAUCGCUGUCAACCUUAUAUUCAUUCUUACAAUUUACACAUUUCAACAAUUUGAAGAAUCCAAAUUUAGUUAAAAUCCAAGACGAUGUAUACGAUGACGAUGAAGUAUAUAAAUGUUUCAUCGAAAACACAAUUAAAACCAAAUCACCAAUCAAUAAAAAACAUUUACAAAUGUCAAAUGAUCAUUCGACACCAAAAAGUAUAUUAAAGACAUUAAACCAAUAUGAUCUAGUUUGGAAAUUUCACGAAUUUUUAUCAGAUUUUAUGAACUUAAAAAACCUCCCAAAACAAGAGUACCCACCAAAAGUAAACUUCAGCAUAUCAACCGACUACGGCUUCAGGAACAAUUCUUUCACAGACCCAAACAAUUUCGAAAGAAACAAUAAAGAAUCAUUAGCAAGGAUUUCAAAAAUCUGGGACUCCUACCAACACUGGAGCCCACCAACAAGAGGUCUUAAGCAAUUAAAAGAAAUUUUAAGCGUACUUUUGUUGUAUUCCGAUUCUCAGAAAUUAAUCAAAGAUAUCGAAAGAAAAUAA